AAAACUCUAGGUCGCUCUCCUCUUCAGUUUCUCUCCCUUGGCAAACGAACGAUGGCGAAGGAGAAGACGACGACGAGCCAGCAGGAUGGCCAACACAAACACUGCCCUAACACCGUCUUCGUCAGCAACUUUCCCUACUCUUUCACCAACUCUCAGCUGGAAGAAACAUUCAGUGAAGUCGGCCCAAUUAGACGAUGCUUUAUGGUUGCCAAAAAAGGAUCCACUGAACACCGUGGUUUUGGUUUCGUACAGUUUGCUGUUACAGAAGAUGCGACCCGAGCUAUUGAGCUGAAAAAUGGUUUAUCUGUUGGAGGCCGGAAAAUCGGAGUCAAACAUGCUAUGCAGCGUGCUACACUUGAGCAACGUCGAUCAAAAGAGAAUAAAGAAGAUCCUACAAAUACAGAGGACGAGAAGGGUGAUGUUUCUUCUGAGGUAGUCAAGCAUAAGCAAGCUUCAAAAUCUGAAGAUAAAGUUGAAUCUGCAAAACCUAGGAAAGUCACAACAGCUUUGAGUGGUACAACUACUGGAGGAAUAGGUUCAGAUAAGCAGAGGGUUGCUAGGACAGUCAUAUUGGGUGGGCUUCUUAAUGCUGAUAUGGCGGAGGAAGUUCACGGUUGUGUGAGGGAGUGUGGUACUGUAUGUUCUACUACUUACCCUCUUCCAAAGGAAGAACUGGAAUACCAUGGGCUUUCUCGAGAUGGGUGCAAAAUGGAUGCUUCAUCAGUACUUUAUACAAGUGUUCGAUCAGCUCGUGCUUGUGUUGCUAUGUUGCACCAAAAAGAGAUUAGUGGAGGAUCUGUUUGGGCAAGACAACUAGGUGGAGAGGGCUCUAAGACUCAAAAAUGGAAGCUUAUAGUCAGAAAUCUUCCUUUUAAGGCUACUGUUAGCGAGAUAAAAGAUAUGUUCUCAUCGGCAGGCUUUAUAUGGGAUGUGUUUAUUCCUACAAAUUCUGAGACAGGGUUUUCAAAGGGGUUUGCAUUUGUUAAGUUCACGAGCAAGCAGGAAGCAGAAAAUGCCAUUCAGAAAUUUAAUGGGGAGAAAAUUGGUAAAAGACCCAUUGCAGUUGAUUGGGCUGUUCCAAAGAAAGUUUAUGCAACUGGUUCUCAGACUGUUGCUUCAGAAGAUGGUAAAAGACAAGACGGGAAGGGUGAUGAUGGUAGUAGUGAUGAUUUAGAGGAUGAUGAUGUGGGUAGUGGUGAAAAUUCCCAACAAUCUAAUGGGGGUGACGGUGCUUCUGAUGACCCUGAUGUGAUAGGGAAAGAAGACAUCCCUCCUGAAUUUGAUUUUGAUGAGGAAGCAGAUGUUGCAAGAAAAAUUCUAAAGAAUUUGAUCUCAUCCUCAACUUCAGAAAUAUCUACUUCUCUCAAUUAUGAUUCAGACCCACCCAAGGAAAGCAAGCAUGAUGAAAGGAAUGAUGUACCAAACAAGCCAUCUGACGAGUCUGCUGAUGUGUCAGGCAUAACAAAACCAGAUAAUUCCGAAAAAAUUAAACUGAGAGAUUUCAAAGAGGGAGAUGGAGAAGAUGACUUGUUGAGAACAAUCUUCAUAAGCAACCUUCCUUUCGACAUUGAUAAGGAAGAGGUGAAACAACGUUUUUCUGGAUUCGGGGAAGUGCAAUCUGUCUUCCCUGUUCUUCAUCAAAUCACCAAGCGACCAAAAGGAACUGCUUUUCUCAAGUUCAAAACAGUUGAUGCUGUGGAUGCAGCAUUUUCAGCAGCCAAUGCUGCAGCUGGUUUGGGAAUAUUUGUAAAAGGUAGGCAGUUGAAAGUUCUGAGGGCUUUGGACAAGAAAUCAGCUCAAAAUAAGCAACUGGAGAAGACCAAAAAGGAGGAACAUGACCACCGCAACCUUUACCUGGCAAAGGAAGGUCUUAUAGUUGAGGGGACUCCAGCUGCUGAAGGUGUUUCAGCUAGCGACAUGUCUAAGCGUCAAAUGUUGGAAAGGAACAAGACGAUUAAGCUUAAAUCCCCGAACUUCCAUGUUUCAAGGACGAGACUUAUCAUGUACAAUAUGCCCAAGUCAUUGACUGAGAGAGAACUUAAGAAGCUUUGUAUAGAUGCAGUUACAUCCCGGGCUACGAAGCAAAAACCUGUGAUUCGACAGAUAAAGUUUCUGAAGGAUUCAAAGAAAGGAGAGGUUGUCAAGCAGAACCAUUCACGUGGAGUUGCUUUUGUUGAGUUUUCAGAGCAUCAACAUGCACUUGUGGCUCUGAGAGUUCUUAACAAUAAUCCUGAAACUUUUGGCUCAGAGCAUCGUCCAAUUGUGGAGUUUGCUCUUGAUAAUGUUCAAACGCUGAAGCUCCGAAAAAGUAGGUUUGAAGCACAACUACAGGGUUCACAUGGUGAUGCAGGAAAAGGCGUGCAUCAAAACAGUGAUUUGCAAACAUCUGAUGCCCAACCAAACAAGAUUUCCGGAAAACGGAAAUAUGAAGGCAACGCUUACCCACUGAAGGCUCCUAAAACUAUAAAACGAGAUGGAAUAGAGCAUAAAACACCGGGAGGGGUUGCCGCUGAAGAAAGCAGAACUUCUAAGAAGCAGAAAAGUGAUCGCACCAGCGGAAAUGGAAACAAAUUCACGUCAGUUUUAAAACAGGAUCGCUCAAGACAAAUGGUAAAGAAUAAUCAACAUGGACGGAGUCACAAGGAUCAGAAAUCUCACCCAAGUGAAGAUCAGGCAAUGAAUGCUCUUAAAUCCACAUCUUUAGAGGGUGGUCUUGUGCCCAUGAAAAAAAGGAAGUUGCCUGAUCAGAAAGAACAGCAAAAACGUCCUAGUUUAAAGAAAAGAAACAAGAACAAAGACCCUUUAGGGCGAGAUGUGGUGGACAAACUGGACGUGCUCGUUGAGCGAUAUCGAGCCAAGUUUUCGCAACAUAAUUCUGACAGAACGGAUGGUGAAAACCAAGGUUCUAGACAGAUUCGAAGAUGGUUCGAGUCCUAAUUCUAUUAUUGUUUUUUUCGUAGCUUCGGUUUGAUUCCUCUAUAGAUCGGGUGUGUUAAUUAACUUGAAGAUUUUCAGUGCAAUUUUGAAGAACCUUAGAAUUUAGGCAAUCUGUUGUGUGUAAGUUAUGGUCUAGUGCUUGGAGAUGUCUUUCCAGGAUGGGGUUAUAGUGAAUGAAUAAAGUUGUGGGAUGGUAUUAUGGAAUUUUCCUUCGAUUAUUAUUGUUGUUAUUAUUGUCUUUGAUAAA